GGCGGGCGGGCUGGCGGGCGGGUUUGGAUUUAGGGCGGCCGCGAAGGCCCAAGGGGCGAAAUUGAGGCUGUGGUUGAGUCUGUCCCAUGUUGUUGACUGACUGACUGACUGACUGACUACUGACCGAGUGAAUGAGAGGUCGGGCGGCGUCGUCGACUAUUGUUGUUGUUGUUGUAGCGCGAGAUGAGUUGAGUACUUGCGCGGUACAUUGGCAAAGCGUGAAAUCUCGCUCGCCAUCGCGAAAAGCUGGGCUGUAAAUUCCGACGCCUUCUCAGGCGGAAGCUUUCGCUCCUUUCGCUCCGUGCAUAGUCGUACGAGUGACAGCCAGCGAGCCCUCGUUCGUUGUUCAGUGUCGACGGUUUUUUUGGUUGGGAUUUUUUGGUAGGAUAGCAGAGCAGAGACGGGUUUUUCGUUGGUCGGCAUCGAAGCCCCGAGCGAUUUGGAACGAGAAAGUAGGCGUGAUAUUCUCUGCCUUUUUUUAAUGCGGCGAAAGGUCGAAAUCGGUGUUUUGUGCCUGGGAAAGCUCUGGCGAUUUGCCGUCUUGCAGCGUGGGCAGCGAACUGCGGUUUCUGCAGCGUGAGACUGCGUGUCUAGGGUUCUUCGAGUUCGGUCGGUGGAUUGAUUGAUUGUUGGUCGGAGCGGUUCGUUCUGAGCCCCUGUACGCGUUUCUUUCGAGGGUUUGCACCUCGUUGGCGCCUUGUGUAUGGCAGGUAGUCUUCUGUCUUCCGCAAAUUGGAGACGAGCAGCUGGUGGGCAAGAGAGCACCAUAGGUUCAGAAGUGACGACAGAAAGCGACGAACAAGAGAGUGAUCAAACUUUUUCCAGUCAGUAACAAUUGGAUUUCGUUUCAGUAGCACUGAGAACAACCUAGCACUUAGACUCUUGUGCCAAGGACAGCAGUGCUUCAUAUCAUCCCUUGGGAGGUCCUAGCUGGAAACAUGCGUGCACGGCUAGGUGAUACCGUCUGAUUCACACUCCAUAAGCACUCUUUAAACUCGAAUUCCCCACAGAAUCGAACGCUGGACCAUCCAGUUGGUGUCCUUGUCGGAUGAGAAAAGACUGGCGCAACAAUUAGACUAGAAUUCCAGGUUUUUUGGUAGCUGAAUGUUCCAACGGGACAACCACUUGUCUGAGGCUGGUAACAGAACUUCAAACUACUAUGGAACGUGUUUUUUCAGUAGAUGAUAUAUUAGGUACGUUUUGGAAACUGGAUACUCAGAGUGGUGAUCAAGCCAGUAGUACGGGAGCAGUCAAUGGUACUGGCGUUUUAGGAAAUGGAGGAAAUGGUUAUAACCCGGGCAUGAACAGAAGUGCCUCAGAGUGGGCGUUUCAAGAGUUUCUUAAGGAGCAUACUCAGGCCUCGGGUCUUCAAUCCCGAAAUGAUAGCCAGGUGUUUAUGAUAUCCGAGGAAGAAGCAGGAGAGAAAGAACUUCCUCCUUCGCAAGACAAGGAGUGUGUUGAGGAGCAAAAGGAACCAGAUGUGAUAAGCAUUCCUGGAUUGAAGGAGGAGGUAGACGAGAGUAGUUAUACCGCGUCCAAUCAAAAGGCAGAAGAUCCGCUUGAGCAGCCUGAAUUGAAAGUCGCUGUGAAUCCUCUAUUCUCAGGGCUGCGAGAUGAAGUUCCAGCAGCGCCAGCCAGUAGUGAUCCUCGGGAGUAUGAGCACUUCCUCAAACGUCGUUUGGACAUUGCUUGUGCCGCGGUCGCCAUGUCUCGGGCAACUGGGCUUGGGUCUCCGAAGAUUGCUGGGAACCUGUCGCUGCAACAAGCCGUGCCUCAAGGAAAGGGAGCAGCCCCCGGCCUUCUAGGUGCUGACGUUGCAGCCAAUGGAAGUCACGUCAGGGGUCCCGUCGGAAUUCCGGCGCUUCCCCCGAAACCUGACAGUCUCGCACCAGUGAGCAGCGCAAAGCCUACGACCAGUGGUUCAUCAAGAGAGCAAUCAGAUGACGAGGACGGGGAUGACGGCGUGGUGAACGAUCAAAAUUUGGAGCCGGGGGAUCUGAAACGCGUGAAACGGAUGCUGUCCAACAGAGAAUCUGCCAGACGCUCGAGAAGAAGAAAGCAAGCCCACUUAAGCGAGUUGGAGACACAGGUUGCUCAACUCCGCGUUGAAAAUACGACGCUGGUGAAGAGAUUAACUGACAUCAGCCAGAAGUUUAGUGAUGCAGCUGUCGACAAUCGAGUCCUGAAGUCAGAUGUUGAAGCUCUUAGAGCUAAGGUGAAAAUGGCUGAAGAUUUAGUCACAAGAGCAACCGGUCAAACAGUUGCUCAUCCACCUCACAUUCCUGCAAGUCUUGGCAUGAGCCACGGUUUUUCUUACAUGCCAGGACCGUAUGUGGCAUCUGCUAUGCCUCCUACCCACGGAUAUUUGCAUCACAGUCUUCCUGUUUCAUCUCAAGCGUUCCCUGUUGAACUUCCCUCCCUUCCGACGGGCCAGCAGGGACUGAGUGGUAAAAUGGGGCGGACUCCUUCCAUGCAACGUGUCGCAAGCUUAGAACACUUGCAAAAGCGCAGUCGUGGUGGUACUUGUAGUAGUACAUCUGCGUGGGGUGCAGGAUGGGACAUGGAAGGACCUUCGAUGGUUGAGCAAUCCUCAAUCAAUGGUGACCACUAAGCAGGAGAUGGUCAAAGAGUCGAUGUACUACCGCUCACACAUUGCUUCGUUUGAUGUCCGUAUAUUCAUACUAGGCAUAGAAAUAUGUCUUACCAAUGUGUAUGAGGAAGGUCUCAUAGCUGUUAGCAAGAUGUACAGAUACCGAUUCAUGUUCUUUACAUUUGUGAAUUUUGAGAGCAAAGGCGGGCAUGACAAGUGGCUUGCUUGCCGCUGACCUGUGAAGGAACAUGCUCUUCCUUCCAGAGAAGAUGCGAUACCCACGUAUUAUAUCAGGGGACAGAACAGCGCACACAUGUAGUCAAGUUGGUCUGUUUAUAUUAAGCUACAUGCACAUGCAUCCGGAGAGGCGGUGACCAGAGCUUCCCUAAAUGAACUUCUGGUUCAAGACGAAUAUGGUGAUCCUUUUAUCUAUUGCGGCGCACAUCUCAUUGUUAUAUUCUACACGGAACUUGUUCAAGAAUUUGUACAAAGCUAUUCUUUUUCAAGAUUGAAGUUUUUCGUUACUCUGUGAAUCUGUACCAAGUUCAGGUUAAGGCAAAACAAUCUGUUAUAACCUGUUCACCCUAUUUUGGAAAGCAGUCAAUUUUGACAUUGAUGAUUAAUCGACCACAUUUUUCUCCUUGUUGGUCAUUGUCGUAAUAGUGAAUAUUAUUCAAUAAGACCGCUGUAAUAUUUACUCACUCUUCUUUAUUACCUUCUCGUCUACAUUCUGUCGUAACGGAUGCUGUCUGUGAUUCAAUUGUGCGUAAUAUUACUGUCGACUAUUUUCCUAUCUCUGUCCAGCAUUUGAAUGUGCUGCUCUUACCAUAAGGGCCCCUGACACACGCCGCGUGGAAACUGCUUCUUACCCGUAGGUUGUCAUCUCAGUAGGCUGAGAUUUCCACUCAGACCCGAAGAAGAUUUGAUCGGCCGCGUGAGCACGCAUUUAAGAGGGCCUGAAUAUUUUGGCAAAAUUUCGUUGAAACGAGUUCAAAUUUUCUUGAAGGCCCAGUUUUCUCUGUCUGCCAUUCCGUUCAGUCUAUGGGACUCGUGUGGG